AUGGUAGAAAACAGAUCGAUACAGCAUCCGUUACAGCGGGGAUAUUCGGAAAUCGAUUCAAGAAGAUAUAUGGCAAUAGCUGCAAGGGAUGGAAUUAACCCAGGUGAACAAAUUCGGCUUCUCGUUCGUCGUUUCAAGGACAUUGCUACAGAUGCCUUUGAUAUACUUCAAAUAGGAUAUUUGGACAAGGGCACAGUGACCUUAUCACAUGGUGGUGGUAAUUUUUUGCCCAAAUAUCCGUUUUGGUUCGAUCGUGAGAAAUAUUUCAUGACGAUAAGAAUCGUUCAUUGGAUAUAUGAAAAAGGCAUCGUAGUGACCAGGAAACUUUUCAACUCGACUGAUUACAAGGCAGUCGGCGUAUUUCAAGAACCAGAAGGCUUUUUUUAUGGAUAUGCCGGAUAUUACACGGAGCUUGUUUAUGUUAUUGGAUAUGCUAAUAGAAUUGUUGAUCAUGCUCAUUAUUUUUAUGUUCAAGGCAAAAAAAUGUUUCAGUAUAACCAUUUUAACAUCCCAGGUGAUAUGUUCAACCCCAGCAGUUCAACCACUUUUGAAGGUGCUGUUACUUUGCAAAAUACUAUUGAAGCAUAUCGGAGUUAUGUGAGUAAACCAAACCCGUUUCAUGGUGACACGGAUCAGCUGGUCUUGGAAUCAAUGGGUUCACCAAUGCCAUAUCAUGCCACAUUUGCUUUUGGUGGCUUUUAUAUAAGUCAGCGAGCACAUUUUGCUGGCUUUUUCAGCAAUACUGUCAUCGCUGAAAUCAAGACGCCUUAUAGCUCAUACAUAUUUUAUUUGCAUAAAAAUAGUGUGGUAUUCAACAACAUUACGAUGUGGAUUGAAACUGGUCUUUAUGGAGAUGAGUUGUUCGAUCAGAUUGGCAGUAUAUCAUUUGUAAAUGCAGGAGAAGUAUUGGCGAUUAUAUAUAAUAUUCCGCAUCGAUUUAAUUUUAUGCACAUAAAUGAAGCGCUCUUCUCGCAAAAACAGAUGGUGCAAUUCUACGUGAAAUGGGAUGGACCAAUAACGGAAAUUAUUCUUUCCGAUGCAUUACAAACGAAAAAACCGGACAACUUAGACUAUGAUCCUGUUUUUGAAAGCGUAACAUUGCUUCAACAUGUUGAUAUUGAUAAUGAAUUGAUUGUACGGUCAUAA